AUGGCGGCUCUGGUUCCUGACUUCGUUGGAUCAAGAACCCGGAAGUGGAUUGCAGCUUAUCAGCGGCCGGACAGCAUCCUGCAUCGCUACGCCGUGCACCUCUUCAACUUUACGGUCAACUCGGAAAACUUGGAUCUCGAACCUGGAAUGGAGACCAGCCUGCACGAGCGUCUCGACCAAGUGACGUAUCUGGCUCGGACAUUCGGCCCUUAUGCGCUAAGCUGCCGCUUCGAUCCGAUCGUCCACUACCGCAGCAUCAUCGGUGGUCCGGUGAGAGACAACCUCCGGGACUUCGAGACCAUUGUUCGACACAUUGGCGGCCUGGGAAUCGACUAUAUCGUCUUCAGCUUCUGCCAGGCCUACCCCAAGUCCGUGCGGAACAUGAAAGCUGCGGGCCUGGAGCUCGUGACUCUGAACCGGGCCGAGGAGUGUGCGGUGUUGGAUAAGCUGAUGCCCAUCGCGCAUCGCUAUGGUGUCCAGCUCCGCUGCUGUGGUGACAAGGGCUUGGUCGGAUAUCCCAUCAUCAAGAGCCAAGAGGAAGCCUUGGUCAGUGUGGCGAAAAGGGAAAUCCCGCAGCACACAAACAUCCCAGUCAUCGGACAGUCUCGCUGUGUGGAUGCAAAGCUGGCGGACCGGAUCGCCAGGGAGAAGGGCCUCAAUGUCUUCCUUUCUCAGGCCAUCUUUCCUGGGUCGCAUUCGGAGUGA